AUGGUUGUAUUAGCAUUUCAGUUAUUACUAUUAUUCAUUGCUACAAUUUAUGCUAAAUUAUCCAUUAAUAAUAGUAAUAAUAUUCGAAAGAUUACAUCAGAAAUUAAUGUGAUUGAUAAUAUUCAAAAGAUAUCAAUUGUUACAUCUAAGGAAAUAAUCAAUACUACAGAUCAUAUCGAUAGUGAUAGAACUGAAAUAUCAUCACAAUCAUAUCAUCGAUCACUGAAUGUGAUACGCUGGAAAAUAAAUAUGUUCUGGACAAUUGUUACUAUAAUUUCAAUUUUAUGGAUAAUAAUUUUAAUUAGCAUAAUUGUUAUUGUUUAUAUACGAAUUGUAUAUAUGCAUCAUACUAUUUCACAGAUAUUUUGUCCAAAAGAAUGA